CUUCCUCGAGCAGAUUUCGCCCCUCUCAUCAUGGCAGAUGCUGUUGGCUCCGCGGUUAUCAGUGAAGCGGUGAACAGAACCGUGACCGGCCUCCUUGGGAAGAUGGAGCGAGUGGAGCAGAGGGACUGCAUGGAGAGGCUGGAGAUGGCGCACAUCAGGGGGUCCGAAGCCAAAAGCCCAAACAAACACCCCCUCAAGAUGGAGGCCGCGGUGGAGGCAUCACACCGGUGGCUGAUCACUGACGCGCCCUUGCUCCGGUGGAGGAAGAAGCUCAAGCGUGCCGCCCAUGAGUGCGACGACACGCUGCGCAGAUGCAAGCAGCGGGCUGCGGAGGAUGAAGCCAGGACAGACCAGCUCAGACGGGCUUACCUCCCCACAAGAAUCGCCCACGCGACCAAGUCGUUUAUCUCUGCUCUUGCCGGCGACGACGGCCAGCAGCAGCAGCCGAGCAGCACCACCGUGAGGAGGUUUGAGCGGCAGGCGGACGACGCCGAGGAGUUCCUGAGGUUCGUGCGUCUCGGCGGGACACCUCUGCGGCCGUACGCCUUCUCCAACCCUCUUGUCGGCCAGCUCAUGGCCGGCGAGCUCCUGCACUACGAGAUGCUGCGCGGAGGUCAGUACCGCCAUUUCCACGCGAGGACGGCCUACUCCCCAGACCGAGGCAUAGAAGCCACGGUGAGCCUUGUUUACGCGGACACCAUGGCGCCCAUGGAGAGCUUCUACAUGUUCAUGGUCUUGCGUCUCUCCGAGAGCGUCGACAUCAUCGGGACCGCGGUCAAGACCUUGCGGUCCACCUUGUGCCGCUACAGGCCUACCACCAUCAACGCCGUCAUGGCAGAGCUCACCCAGCUGCCUACACAGGAUUUCCACUGGUCUCCACCACCAGCCACCAUGGCUGGCCAGGAGGAGAGCGACGGUCUGCACAGGGCCUUCGUUCAGCGGUUCCGCCCCGAUCCCUUGUGUUGCACCGACGACCACGGAAGAAGCAGAUGUAUGGUUCCGGAGCACGUCAUCAAGUUCUCCCUGCAGCGGCUCGUCGCGAUGCCAGCCCCUGGUCAUCCCCCUCUCAAACUGCACACCUACAUCAUGCCACACGACGACUCCCCCAUGGACCUGCAGGCGCCGGCGCACGAGCACGAGUGCUUCGCCGCCGGGGUGAUCGGCGCGGAAGAGAAGCUCCACGUCGUGCACGCAAACAUCGGCCUCGAUGAGCUGGACCAGGUGCUGCUACCACAAGCUGUAGAAUUCCUUUACCGCAGCACUGAGGCAACCGCGUAUCAGCUGGUGUGGAAGUCCAAGCAUGGCACCGCACACGUCUAUCUGGAGAAGACCAUCGUCCCACUCCCACCAGUUAUUUCUCGUACCAGUAUAACCGCAUUUCAGCCACAAGAGUACCUAAUGGAGACGCUCAAGCAGGCGUGCAAAGACAACCUCAAGCCGUGGGCCGUGCGUUCCUCGGUUAAGUUGCGUGAUGCAAUGCUCGCAUUUAUUCAGAAAUUCAGUCCAUCGUCUUAGACUACGUACCAAACCCUUACGCAUUGUACUCCCCGUUCCAAAUAAGUAUUGCAGAUUCAUCUAUAUACAUAUGUAUUUAGACGUAUUUUAGUGUAUU